AAGGUCACAUGACGCGGUCACGCGACAAGACGAGCAGGAUGGCUGGACCGAACGGAGACCCUGGUGUCCCGGUGGAAGAGGUGGCCGGGGAAGAAGAUUACGCGGCUUUGGAUUUUCUGCUCGAUCAGAUUAAUCUCUGCCUCGACCAUCUUGAAGAGAAAAACGACCAUUUGCAUGCGCAGCUUCAGGACCUCCUAGAGUCCAACAGACAAGCCAGGCGUGACUUCCAGCUGCAACAGACCGGAGCUGCCGGAGCCGAGGAACGCGGGGCAGGUUUAUAACAGAACGGAGGACGGCCGAUUUACCCAACGCGUUUCUCUUCAGCAAUUGCUCUCUAUAAAAACGUUCCUAAUCUUAUUAAAAGAACAUA